AGACCGAGGCCGGGAGGCGGCGGGUGCAGGUGGCUCCGCGGCUGCGCGCUGCGGGCGGGGACGGGUCGGCGAGUGCGGGCGGCGGUGGAGGCGGCGAAGUCCCGGCUCGGCGCCCGCGGCGCCCCCGCUGCGGCCGGAGCGGCCUGGCUGUGGGAUCGCUGCGCAGCGAUGGAGCGGCCGCCCCGGCAGAGCCCGAUGGUGUGGCUGCCGCUGCUCUUGCUGCUGCUGGCCGGGCCCGUCGCCUGCGCCGCCAGCCCCGCGGACGACAGCGCGGGCCCGGGCGGCCGGGGGCCCCGGGGCCGCGCGCGGGGGGACGCGGGCCCCGACGAGGCAGCGCCACGCCACGACUCCUCCUACGGCACCUUCGCCGGGGAGUUCUACGACCUGCGCUACCUGUCGGAGGAUGGUUACCCAUUCCCUACUGCUCCUCCCGUGGACCCAUUUGCCAAAAUCAAAGUGGAGGACUGUGGGAAAACUAAAGGAUGCUUCAGAUACGGUAAACCAGGCUGUAAUGCAGAGACCUGUGACUACUUUCUUAGCUACCGGAUGAUAGGGGCCGAUGUGGAAUUUGAGCUGAGUGCAGAUACAGACGGCUGGGUAGCAGUUGGAUUCUCUUCAGACAGGAAAAUGGGUGGUGACGAUGUCAUGGCCUGCGUCCAUGAUGACAAUGGCAGGGUCCGCAUACAGCACUUCUAUAAUGUAGGCCAGUGGGCAAAGGAGAUUCAGAGAAACCCCGCCAGAGAUGAAGAAGGAGUUUAUGAGAACAAUCGAGUCACCUGCAGAUUUAAACGCCCUGUGAAUGUUCCCAGAGAUGAAACAAUUGUUGACCUGCAUUUGAGUUGGUAUUAUCUGUUUGCUUGGGGUCCAGCCAUCCAGGGCUCUAUUACCCGGCAUGAUAUAGACUCGCCACCAACUUCAGAGCGUGUUGUCAGUAUUUACAAGUAUGAAGACAUUUUUAUGCCAUCAGCUGCCUACCAGACCUUCUCCUCCCCAUUUUGUCUGCUUCUCAUUGUUGCCCUGACUUUCUACUUAUUGAUGGGAACUCCUUAAUUCCAACUGCAAAGCCAAUACAUUAA